CGUCUUUCACAAAUUCCAUCUCCAAUCUCGGAUUCUUAAAUUGACUCGACUCAAAUGCAACCAACAAAUCAAUCUGACCCGACCCAACUUGACUUGAUGAACCAACUCACUCCCGAAGGUUCAAACAGCGUCCCCUCGUACCGACGACUCUGUUGAUAUCCACAUGGUGAAGGUAACCUCUCGCCGGCGCUUUUCCUCUGCCUCAGCCGCCGCUGUCCCUUCUCCUUCCAAGUCCCCACCUCCCUCCUUCUCUCUCACCCCCCCGCAGGACACCAUCUCCCAUCUAUGCGCCCAAGGCCGCUUCGGCGACGCAAUCGCCCUCCUCUCCCGCCAGCGCCGCCUUCUCCCGGCCACCCACCGCCCUCUCGACCUACCCUCCUCUGCCUGUCGCGUUGCAGCCGCCGCCGCAGCAUCGGGCCGCCCCCUCGGUCUCCUCCUCUCCAACCGCCUGCUCGAUCUGCUAGCCAAGUGUGGCGUCCUGCCCGAAGCCCGCCGCUGGUUCGAGUCCAUGCCCUACCGGGACCUCUGCUCCUGGAACACCCUCAUCGGCGGCUAUUCCUCCUGCGGAGACCUCGACGAGGUCCGGAGACUCUUCGAUCGCAUGCCCAGCAGGGACCACUUCUCGUGGAGCACCAUUAUCUCCGGCCACUCCCGGCAUGGCCACCCCAGAGAGGCGCUCGGCCUCUACCGGAGAAUGCAGAGCGAAGGGAGCGGGAAAGACUCGAACUUUGGUAACAAGUUCACGGCUUCCAGCGCCCUUGCUGCCGCAACAGCCAUCCCGUACCUCCGACAUGGGAAGGAGAUCCACUGCCACAUAAUUCGAAUGGGGUUCGACUCGGAUGCCGUCGUUUGGAGCGCGCUAUCGGAUAUGUACGCCAAAUGCGGAAGCAUUUACAACGCACGCCAUGUGUUCGACAGAACACUCGACAGGGAUGUCGUUUCCUGGACCGCGAUGAUUGGGCGGUACUUCGACGGUGGGCGGAGAGAAGAAGGGUUUGAGCUGUUCUCGGAUAUGUUGAGGGCAGGCGUCCGGCCGAACGAGUUCACCUUCGCAGGGGUUUUGGAUGCAUUGUCGGAGCUGGCCAUGGAAGGCCCAGGGAGGCAGCUGCACGGUCACAUGAUGAGGGCGGGCUACGAUCCACUCUCGUUCUCAGCCAGUGCUUUGGUGCACAUGUACUCAAAGUGCGGGAACAUCGACAAGGCCAGGGCGGUCUUCGAGGGGAUGCCGAAGACGGACUUGGUCUCAUGGACUUCCAUGGUGUCGGGAUACGCUCAGAACGGGCAUCCUGAGGAGGCAAUCCGAUACUUCGAGCUGAUGCUGCAGUCGGGGACGAGACCAGAUCACAUAGCAUUUGUGGGAGUCCUUUCUGCGUGCACACAUGCCGGAUUAGUUGACAAAGGACUAGAAAUCUUUCACUCUAUAAAAGAUGAGCAUGGGAUGGAGCACACCGCAGACCACUACGCUUGCGUGGUCGACCUGCUCAGCCGGGCUGGCCGCUUUGAGGAAGCUGAGGAGAUCAUGGACAAGAUGCCGAUGAAGCCAGACAAGUUCCUGUGGGCUUCCCUGCUCGGUGGAUGCAGGAUUCACAAGAACGUGAGGCUAGGAGAACAGGCGGCGGAAGCACUGUUCGAGAUAGAGCCGGACAACGCGGCGACCUACGUGACGCUGGCCAACAUCUACGCCUCUGCCGGCCUGUGGGACGAGGUGGAGAAGGUGAGGAAGACGAUGGACCGGCGGCGGGUUGUGAAGAAGCCUGGGUCGAGUUGGAUCGAGGUGAAGAGACGAGUGCACGUGUUCCUGGUGGGAGACAAGUCGCACCCGAGGACGGAGGACAUACAUGCGCAGCUGGAGAAGCUGUACAAGAGGAUGAAGGAAGAAGGAUACGUACCGGACACCGAGUUCGUGCUGCAUGAUGUGGAAGACGAGCAGAAGGAAGAGAGCUUGGCGUACCACAGCGAGAGGUUGGCAGUUGCAUUUGGGAUCAUUGCUACUCCGCAGGGCACUCCCGUCAAGGUCUUCAAGAACCUGCGGAUUUGUGGAGACUGCCACACUGCGUUCAAGUUCUUCUCCAGGAUUACACAGAGGAUGAUCAUUGUCAGGGACUCUAGCAGAUUCCACCACUUCAAGGAGGGGAGCUGCUCCUGUGGGAACUACUGGUAAUUUGAGUUACAUAGUUAUUCUAAGAAACUAAGAGCUAUCUGCUGCAGCUUCAGAAGUUGGUGUGGCCAUGUAUAGUAGAGUGAAACCCAGACCAGAUGAUGCAUGGUAGAUUAUAUACAAUAAUAACAAGGCAGGUAUUUGGCAACUGGCUACUUGUUUUAGAAAAGGGCCAGGAUAUCUACAGGGCAUUGGGAAGGAAUAGUCAACAUCCUAGUGAUUUUGUAAUCCUCCUCGUAGAUUUUUUGCUGAUGAAUUUGGAGAGUUUUAUCGUUUCACAUUAUGUUGCAAAAGAUCUCUCUCUCUCUCACUCUCUCUCUCUAUUUGCUGAUGAUAUUGGAUGGCUAUUCUACUUAUAUUUAUCCCAAUUUGCAAAAUAUGUUUGCAGCUGUGGCACGGGACAAUGCCGAAUCCAUCCACAAAAUAGAUGAUCGGAUCUAAUAUCU